ACAUUCUCUUGCUUUUGCUCUUCCACGUCGCUGUCGCGCAACUCUCCUUGCGUUCUCCUUACGUUCCACUAGUUUUUUCUCUGUUCUUAUUGUGCUUUGCUCUACGUCCUGUAUUUCGCUUAGCUGUUGGACGCGUAAUCCUUGUCACUGUAUCCAUACCUAUCAUUGCAAAAGACUUUCUAUUCUUCUGCUUGAGUCAGCGAAAAAAUGCCUGAGGAAGAUUAUGAUAUCUACGGCGAAUACGAAGCUUAUGCUGUCGGCAGAGCCAACCAGGGUAUUGACGGUCAGGAAUUCGACGCAAAGGAAGAACCGGUGGAGGCUAUAAUAACCGUAGUCGAACCCUCAACAGGUGAGAAACGGCCUCGAAGCGAUGAGGAAGAGGAAGAGGAAGUGAAACCGUCACCCGCCCAACACUCGCCUCCAGCUCCUUACGCUCAGCCAAUCCAGCAAGGGCAGGUUAGGACCGAAGGUAUCUCGCACGGCAUGAACGGUAACUACAACGCCGCUGUGCAAAACGGUAGUCAUAUGGGAGGCGGGACAGAUCCUUCGAUGAUGGGCUAUGAUGCACUGUAUAUUGGUGAUUUGCAAUGGUGGACAACAGAUGAGGACCUGCGUCAAGUCGCUCUAAAUCUUGGCGUGUCAAUCGAUCAUCGUGACAUUACCUUUUCUGAGCACAAGGUAAACGGCAAGAGUAAAGGUAUCGCCUACGUGGAGUUCAGUAGUUUCGAAGACGCCAACGCGCUCAAAGCAUGGUUCGAUAAUAACGACUUUCAAAAUAGACGUGCUACAGCAACUCUGACAAGUUCGUCACAAGGCAAUCCAUUCCGCACACUCCCAAAAGAACCACCGCCCCGAGACACUCGAAACACCCACCAAGGAACCCCCAUAUCCACAUUAGGGACAAGCAUGGGCCGCGGCUCGACAGGGAAUUUCCGCGGUAAUGCUUCCAACCAGAACCAGAUGGGGGGAGGCAUGAUGGGUGCACAAAGUCGCGGGGGUGGUAGUAUGGCGAACAACAUGAUGCGCGGCGGGAUACCCACAAUGAUGGGUAACAUGGGCAUGGGCAUGGGUGGCAUGAACAUGAUGGGAAUGGGGAACAUGGGCAUGGGCAUGGGCGGCUUCGGCGGGCGCGGCAGCAUGGUUCCCCAGGGACCCAGAGGAGGUGUUAUGAUGGUGGGCGGGCGUGGUGGCAUGGGAGGAAUGGGUAUGGGAAUGAUGGGAGGACGCGGCGGCUUCGGCAUGCAAGGUCACUUCAACCCAGCAUUCAUACAAGGCCAACAAGGCGGUCAGUUUGGUGGCGGCUCAGACAGGAAGCGAUUCCGAGCGGACGACAAUUGAUAGUGCAUUAAGACACCUGCAAUUCAAAACACCCGUGGAUCGACGUAUCUAAUUAUUUGUUUAUUUCUAUUCUCCAGUCCUUUGCAUCAUGCGCUCAGCGCCUUAACUUGUUGAUAUUUACUUUUCCGUUGUCACUGUUGACAUUGCUGAUGAACAAUAACCUACCCUUGUAAUCUUGAUACGUACAUCGUCCAUUGUCUCCGUCACG